CCAGUGGGAUCACUAGCAGCCGGUGGGCGGUGGCGCGAGGAGGGCGGCCGAGGAGCGCGCGCUAACGCACCGGCGGCAGUCGCAGUACCGGCGUCUGGACACUGCUCGUGCAGUACACCCCGGGUACCUCUGCUGAACACCUCCAGCCUCUGGACACUGCUCGUGCAGUCCACCUCGGGUACCUCUGCUGAAGACCCCCAGCCGCCACCAUGGCUUCCAUGGACAUGCUGUCUAUGUCUGUCCCCAACUACACCUACCUGUUCAAGUUCGAGGAGGACUUUGCCGCCGUGGAGCGCCAGCAGUGGAUGCAGCAGAACUGGCACACGUCCUUCUACUACAUCGGCGUCUACAUGGUGCUCAUAUUCGGCGGCCAGCGCUACAUGGCCACUAGGGAGCGGUUCGAACUGCGGAACGUACUGGCGCUGUGGAACUUCUUCCUGGCCGUGUUCAGCAUCGUGGGCGCCAUGCGCACCGUUCCCGAGCUGCUGUUUGUGCUGAAAAACUUUGGCUUCCAUCACUCCUGCUGCAUCGCUGGCCAUAGUUACGUGCCCAACAGCCCCGUGUCUGGCCUCUGGAGCUACCUGUUCACCAUGUCCAAGGUGCCCGAGCUGAUGGACACGGUAUUCAUCGUGCUGAGGAAGCAGCCGCUCAUCUUCCUGCACUGGUACCACCACAUCACCGUCCUCAUCUUCACCUGGUUCAGCUUCUCGGACUUUAUCGUGACCGGCCGCUGGUUCAUCAGCAUGAACUACUCGGUUCACGCCAUGAUGUACAGCUACUACGCCUUCAAGGCGCUCCGCUACCGCGUCCCCAGGUGGAUCUCUGUGGCCAUCACUAGCAGUCAGCUGGCGCAGAUGAUCGUGGGCUGCCUGGUCAACCUGUGGGCCUACCACGUCAAGUCCAACGGCGGCGAGUGCGAGGUCUCCGUGCUCAACAUCAAACUCUCGCUCAUCAUGUACUUCAGCUACUUUGUCCUCUUCGCCCACUUCUUCAACAAGUCCUACCUGACCAAAAAGCCGGCGCGCAGCGCCUCCACCGGCAACAUGAAGAAGAUCGAGUGAUGCAGACGGCCGAUAGGUGUCGCCCCGGCAGACGGCCGAGGUUUAGGAAAAUAUUCAGCCAUGGCGGCGUGGAGGUAUCCGCUGCCGGAGCUCAGCUGUGUUCUGCUGGGAGCACCUUCCCGGUGUUCUCCGCGCCGCAGUUAGCACCUUCCCGGGGUUCUCCGCGCCGCAGGUAGCACCUGCGGGGGUUUCCCGAGUAUCCUGCUACGGAUGUUGUUCUCGCAGCCUCCGUUUUCACGUUUGCUCAAUGGUUUCGUUUUAUGUCUGCGAUAUUUUAUUGGUUGGCCUGCAUUGGCGAUUGUUUGCGAAGUUGUUUGUUCAAUGUUCAAUGGCAGGCCUUCUGUUCAUUUUCCAUAAUAGGUACACUCAUUGUAAGCACAUGUACCCAAUGUGCUUACAAUGCAAUAUCUAAAAACAUUCUUCCGGGAUCACACAGAGCAUUCCACUACGUUUUGUUGUAACUAUUUAUAUUCCACUUGCUGGCAUCUACUCACUUUUCCUGGUAAACAUUCUCCAGUAGCUUUUACCAUGGUCCUAGCAUAGCCUAGUGGUUGGUCAUUCGACCUUGAGGGUUUCCUCGGUAGCUAAAGAUAGGGAGGGUAAGGUACAGCUGCGCAACAGUUUGUCUGAGCAAGGCUCCUAGCUAGCUGGUCAGCCAGACGAAGUUGCCAGUACCCUGUUGGUGCGCUGGACUUCUUCUCCGGCAGACGCUUGUCGCUGUCCCCUGGGUUCGUCCAGUACAUCAUGGGGCAACUCUACUUCGAGCCCGCCCGGCUGCGUCCUCAGAGCCAGACCUCGGCAGUCCUUACAGUCCUGAGACUACCACCAUUUAGACGCUGCCACCGAGUGACUGUGGUCCGUCUGAGCUGCUCUCCGGGUGGUACGGAAGUGCGGCAGUCUCCGCCGGCAGCAGGUGUUUUAGCUUGAGAUACUUGCACUGCAACCUUUCCUUCGUCAUAAUACUCCUCCCACCCGUCCCUCCUCUUCUCCAGGAAUGUCAACUCCUGAGCCUCUAACCUCUCUCCAGACAGCCAAAAGCUCAUCUCCAGGCAUCCAGGAACACCUCCCCAGGCGUCCAGGAGCUCUUCUCGAGUCAUGACAGCAGACUGCUCUUCACGUCUUAUCCGGCACGCUCCUGUUGACACAUUCCACUAGCCUUCGGAAUAUUCUGACAGAUUUCCAACCCAUAGAUCCUUGGUGCACUAGGAACUCCCCGCACAAGCUUUGUGAUCAUGUCGCUAGCCCGUAAGUAGACUUCAGUGGGCCCCAGGGACAUGUAUAGGGAGCGACCAGAGCCAACUCCAGAAGAGUCAAGCGUGCGACUGUCUGGUAUGGUCUGGUAGGUGAUACAGGGUCCUCUGGUCAGUUGUUUCGGAGGGGAUCCAAGGGACAGUAGGAGGAUGGCAGUCAGAGGAGGCACCUCAGAAGUAUGGGCGGUGUAGAGACGGUUGGUUUGUCUGGGUAAUCUUAUCGAUUACAAAUUUGAGAGAGAGAGAGAGAGAGAGAGAGAGAGAGAGAGAGAGAGAGAGAGAGAGAGAGAGAGAGAGAGAGAGAGAGAGAGAGAGAGCCGAAGACGCCAGGCAGGCGCUCCUUUGAACGGACUAACGUAGCGCGGUAUCACUCUAACGGGAGCCAUUUGGCCUCAGUGUGUGUGACUUGGUAUGCUUCGUCUGGCCCUUGUCGCAUGUUCUAUUGUUCACGAUUUAUGCCGCCGGGCAUCGUCCAAGGAGGCUGAAUUGCUAGAUAUCGUAGCCUGCUACUCAGGCGUUUCUUAGAAUCAUGGAUGAUGCGUGGUUAUUGGUUUUACCAGGAGGCUUGCAAACAUGCUAUGCUUGAUCUUGACUAGUGAUGACAUUCUAAGCUCGAUAUUCUAAGCGUUGGGUUAGUUCAUCGUAACAACCAUCGCAAUCCAUUCCAGAAAACUAUGUUGUCUAAUUCCCAUGAUCCCAUGAUCAGUCCAGUUACCAGAGUCCCAGUGCAUAGUGUUUGGUCCACGCACAUGCUUCAGCCCGCUGAGAUCUAUGGUCCUGGCGGUGUUGUGUUCAAAAUUCUUCAGUCAGUGUGUAAGUUGUCCGUGACCGAUAAGAAGGCUCGCUGCAUGAUACACCUGUUUGAGCGAUUGUCCAGAUUGUGUGAUUGAAGUGUUUCUCGACACGAUGACUCUGUCCAGUCUCGGUCGGCCGUUGUGAGCCUAACCCCGUGUACACUGUGUAUUAUAUUUGAGGUUGCGCUGUGUAAGCGGGAGUGUCUCGCGCUGAGAUUCUGGCAGAAAGCUGCGACGAGUGGGCAUCCGGUCACCUGUGAAAUGGCGCUGGCGCCGUGUGGCCGGAAUGGGCUCCGGAAUGGGUGGAAUGGGUGCUGGUCACGGCCUGAACUAGUCGGGAUUGUGCGUGGAGUGGAUGUGAGUGACGCCAUUGUGUUCUGAUGUGGUUUAGGAGUGUACAGUCUCGUGUGAUGAUAACCCUCAGUGCGCCAGGGCUAGCAGAGAGCGUAAGGUUGUGAAAUAGGGCCCACCGCGGUCCCAACAAUGCCAUCAGACUUGUCUGUGAAAACCAAGCGCAAACUUUGUGUGUGAAUGUCUGCGCCGUGUCAGCGCAAUGCGCCGCCCCGCUGACCCGGACGAGUGUCCGCUGAGCCAGUGCCCGCCUCAGUUCUGUUCUAUCGCUCCCGUGCGCGGUGAUCACGGUGUUGUUUGGCCCACGCCACACAUCCGUGGUCGCCAUCGCGCCGCACGCAUGGUGUACCGCAAGGAAGCAUUUUCGCCCCGCUGUUAUUUGUUACGUUGGAAACUUUUUGGAAUUGAUGCGUUGUUUUUUUAUCAUUCCCGGAGCCGAAAAUGUGUCCGAAGCUGCAGCUCCAUGCUCGUGUUGUCAGUGGCAGCGCUGACGGAGUCACCAGAGCAGACUGAGCGCGACCAUAGCUAGACGGGACAAUUCCUGAGGGGCCGGCCGCGGCGCUGAGUGUGUGUGAGCGUGCCGAUGGUGUGUCGGUGCGACAGCUCUGUUUUGUUUUCCCGUUUGUCCAAUUCGGCUGCAGUGUUACCUAAUAUACGAACAUUCAGUUGA